UGACAGGGUUUCUAAUUGAACGAGGGGGUAACCAUGACCUGCUGUGAAGGAUGGACAUCCUGCAAUGGAUUCAGCCUGCUGGUCCUACUUCUGUCGGGCAUAAUUCUCAAUGCAAUACCUCUGGUUGUCAACUCAAUUGAUGGAGAUGAGUAUUUCCAAAACCCCAUCUCUUGUUUUCAGUGGUGGUUCCCAGGAAUUAUAGGAGCAGGUUUGAUGGCUAUUCCAGCAACGACAAUGUCCUUGGCAGCCAGAAAAAGAGCAUGUUGUAACAGCAAAACCGGGAUGUUCCUUUCAUCAGUUCUGAAUGUAAUCACAGUCAUUGGUGCAGUAUAUUGCAUGUUGGUAUCUAUCCAGGCUCUCUCGGAAGGUCCUCUCAUUUGUAACUCUCAAGGCAACAGUACUUACAGUUGUGAAUUUUCAUUAAAAAACUUAAGUAACAAUCAUCCAGAAUCCUUCAAUCUGCAGUGGUUCUUCAAUGACUCUUGUAUGUCUCCCACUGAUUACAAUAAUCCCACCAUCAAUGACACCAUGGCCAGUGAUGGGAGAAAAUCUAAAUUACACUUCAGUUCUGAAGAAAACAAAUAUAGGACCAUCCAUUUCUCAGUGUUUUUAGGUUUACUGCUCGUGGGAAUUCUUGAACUCCUGUUUGGGCUCAGUCAGAUAGCCAUUGGUUUUCUUGGCUGUCUGUGUGGAGUCUCUAAGCGAAGAAGUCGAAUUGUGUAGCAUAAUGGUAAUAAAAUAGAAAUACUAGCAGUUGAAUCAUUUGAGAAGUACAUUUUAAGACACUCUUAGAAGCUAAAAGCUCAGUAAGGGAACAUUAUCUCGAAAACUGUAUGAGUCACUUUAGUACAAAAGGUUGUUUUUAAAGUUACCUUUGAGGUGAUUAAAAAAAACUCAACCUUUCAUAUAUAAAGUGUGUCGGUAAAGGUGUAAGUAACACUUUCACAUGGAAAGGAAAAUCAUCAGUGGUUGACUUUGGGGAGAGGUGGAGAGCUUUCAAUUUGUUUUGUGCCCUUCUGCACUUCCUGUACUACUGAAUGUUGAAUGUUCUAGCUCUGCAUUUCUGUGUGUGCAGAGAGGGAGGGGAAAAGGAAGGGAGAGAAGGGAAGGCAGGAGGGCAAAAAGGAACAGAAGUUACUCUGGAACUGAAAGUCUGGGACCUUUUUAUUGUAUAUGUUUAUACUUGAAAAAAAAAAGAAAAGAAUAUAUAACCUGAAUGUAAUCAAGUUUUUGGACCGAAUUUCCAGUUUACAGGUAAUCUGAGGGAAGAGGAGAUACUCAAAACUCCAAAAGGCGGGGACAGUAAGCAGACAGUAACCCCAUUUUCAAGAACAUGUGUAGGAAAAAUAAAAGGUGGGAUGGGUUGAGGGAACUAUUCUAGAUGGAGAACAAAGAAACCCAAUUCAACUAAAUGUAUCAUGUGGCCCAUGUUUCCCUGGUAACUAGGGAAACCAGCGCCAGGAUUGGCUUAGGUGACAUUUAGGAAUUACUCUUAAUAUUUCUAGGCCUGAUAAUGGUUUUAUGAUUAUACAGGAAAAUGCCCUUAUUUUUGAAUUUUAUGUGUUUGAGGGAAAACAUCAUGUUUUUAAAAUACUUCAACCAAGAAAAUGAAGCAAUGGAAAAAAGUUGUAUUUAGUUAUUUAAUUGACAGGUAUGGGGCAAGUCAUUAUCAUACUCUUCUAUUUUUUUACAUUUGCAUUUUUCACAAUCACUGAAAAAAAUAAAUACCUAGAAAAAAACCAGUCUUUCAAAAGCUGAUUCUAUAUGUGCCUAUCUUCAAAAGACAGGAUAACAAAGCAGUGUACUUAUCAUAUUGAAGAGCUAUAAAACAGAACAACAAAUCUAUAUUUUCUGGAUGUGAUCAUUCCUGCUUAUUUAAAUUACUUAAUUCUCACUGGGCUUAACAUUCUAGAAAGAAUUUACAAUACCUGUAUUAUAACUGCCCCCCUCCAAAUUAGUAACAUCAAGAACACAGAAAUUUUUCUCUGAACCCAUUUCCUAUAUAACGACCUUC